UCCACUGAAUUAAGCAGCUCCACUGAAGGCAAGCGUCCUUUAUCAGGCUCUCCCAGCCGCCCGCUCUCCUGCAAUGGCUUCAGCCCUUGACACCAACAUGAGGUUCAAGUUCUCGAUCCUGGCUCUUUUUCUGCAAGUGAUCAUCAUUGUUUUGUUUGGGAUAUUUGUGGAAUAUGACCUCACUGAUGGCUCUGAAGUUUUAUACCCAAUCUUUCAGGAUGUCCAUGUGAUGAUAUUUAUUGGAUUUGGUUUCCUGAUGACCUUUCUGAAGAAAUAUGGAUUCAGCAGUGUUGGUAUCACCAUGCUCAUUGCUGCCUUUGGUCUCCAGUGGGGAACCCUGAUGCAAGGAUUUUGGCACAUGAAAGGAGGGAAAAUUCAUGUCAAUGUCAAAAGCAUGAUAAAUGCAGACUUCAGUACAGCAACUGCUUUGAUUUCAUUUGGAGCUGUCCUGGGGAAAACAAGUCCUGUUCAGAUGCUGAUCUUGACAAUUCUGGAGAUCACAAUCUUUGCAUGCAACGAACAUCUAGUUGCAGAAGUAUUUCAGGCCACUGAUGUUGGAGCCUCAAUGACUAUCCAUGCCUUCGGAGCUUAUUUUGGUUUGGCUGUAACCUUAGUCUUGUAUCGUCCUGGUUUGAAAAACAAACAUGAAAAUGAAGAAUCUACCUACCAUUCGGACAUGUUUGCCAUGAUUGGUACCCUGUUCCUUUGGCUUUUUUGGCCCAGCUUUAACUCUGCCAUUGCACCUGGAAGGCCUGAUCAGAUGAAAGCAAUUAUCAACACUUACUAUUCCUUGGCUGCAUGUGCUGUCGUAACAUUUGCCCUCUCCAGCCUGGUGGAUCAAAGAGGCAAAUUCAGUAUGGUUCUCAUCCAAAAUGCCACCCUGGCAGGAGGAGUAGCAGUGGGUACCUGUGCUGACCUGCCUAUCCCACCUUUUGUUGCCAUGUGCAUUGGGAGCUUGGCUGGAAUCAUCUCUGUUCUUGGGUUCCACUUCCUGACUCCUUUGCUGGCAUCCAAGCUGAACAUUCAAGACACUUGUGGAGUUCAUAAUUUACAUGGUUUGCCUGGAAUACUGGGAGGUGUCGCUGGCAUCAUAGUAACUGCAGUAAAAGAGGAAGUUAGGCCCGGUGUCAGUUUAACUCCUGGCAUGCAGGCUGCUGCCCUGGGCAGUUCACUUGGAAUUGCACUGGCGGGCGGAGCAUUGACAGGUGGUAUCCUAAAGCUGCCCUUCUUGGGACAAGCAUCUGACCAGAACUGCUUUGAUGACUCUGUUUAUUGGGAGAUUCCAGAAGAGGAGAAACAACAUGAAAUUCACUCCAACAACUAUGAUGAGCGCAGAUUUGAAGACACCAUGUAGAAAAAAAAUACAUCUGUAAUAUUUGUCCUAAUGAUGCUCUUUUCAGUUUCUAAUGCUAAAAACCAACAUUCAAAUAUUGUCCUAACCACGCUAGGUUUUCAAGAAGGAGCUAUAGAUAGCUAUAUUUUUGUAAUAUAAAAUAAGCUUGAUUUUAGAAUACAUAAUUAUUACGCCAAGCUCAGGUAAGUUAAUUAGAUACUUUUAAUUAACUUAGAAGUUCAUCAGGAAAAAACACCACAAACUGCUCUACAGAAUUAUCUGUAUUUUACCUUUUGUCAUCACUGAAUCAGUAUAGCCAUUGAAACAACUUCUGUGUUUCAAGACUGUUACAGGAUAACAUAUUUAACUGCAGUAUUUCUGAGUUACAGCCACAACCUUCAACUGCAUAGGGAUAAUCAAGAAGUGGACUGAUAUUCCUUAUCUGGAUUCUAACAAGCUUUUCACCAGAGCAUCCCAGAUUAACUUUCUUUAAAAGUGUGUUGUCCUAUUUUUCAAUGGGGGAGAAAAUGUGCUGUAUUUUAUAACAAGAAACAAAAUGUUGAAAUCACUUUCAUGGCAAAGCACAGAAUAUAGUUAUUAAUGUGGUAUAUUAAGUGGCAAUAUCAGUAUUGAGAUUCUUUGUUAAUAUGUUUAUUGAAAGGGAGAAAAAAAUGAAAUGGUGAAAAAUUUCAUUACUGGCAUAGAUUUAUUUAGGCUGUUUCAAGGACACAAUAAGGGAAUUGAGUAGGACCUAUGAAAAAUGAUUAAUUACAUAAUACAUCUUAUUACAUCCAACAGUAAUAAGUGGAUAUUAGCAAUGUUAAUGUCAAUAGGUAUAAACUGAACUAAAUGCUAGCUCCAAG